AUAUCCGUCGCGCCGAGGACGCUGGUUAGUCUCUCUCCGGGUUCCGGCUGCGUUGGGCGUGCGUGCAGCUCGCUGAGACCAUGGCGUCCGGGCCUCACCCCACCGCGACCGCUGCCGCCGCCGCCUCCUCGGCCGCCCCGAGUGCGGGCGGCUCCAGCUCCGGCACGACGACCACGACGACGACCACGACGGGAGGGAUCCUAAUCGGCGACCGCCUGUACUCGGAAGUUUCGCUCACCAUCGACCACUCGCUGAUUCCGGAGGAGCGGCUCUCGCCCACCCCGUCCAUGCAGGACGGGCUCGACCUGCCCAGCGAGACGGACUUGCGCAUUCUGGGCUGCGAGCUCAUCCAGGCCGCCGGCAUUCUCCUUCGGCUGCCGCAGGUGGCGAUGGCAACGGGGCAGGUGUUGUUUCAUCGUUUUUUCUAUUCCAAAUCUUUCGUCAAGCACAGUUUCGAGAUUGUUGCCAUGGCUUGUAUUAAUCUUGCAUCAAAAAUCGAAGAAGCGCCUAGAAGAAUAAGAGAUGUGAUUAACGUAUUUCACUACCUACGCCAGUUAAGAGGAAAAAGGACUCCAAGCCCCCUGAUCCUUGAUCAGAACUACAUUAACACCAAAAAUCAAGUUAUCAAGGCAGAGAGGAGGGUGCUAAAGGAGUUGGGAUUUUGUGUUCAUGUCAAGCAUCCCCAUAAGAUCAUUGUUAUGUAUUUACAAGUCUUAGAAUGUGAACGUAAUCAAACCCUGGUUCAAACUGCCUGGAAUUAUAUGAAUGACAGUCUUCGAACCAAUGUAUUUGUUCGAUUUCAACCAGAGACUAUAGCAUGUGCUUGCAUCUACCUUGCAGCUAGAGCUCUUCAGAUUCCAUUGCCAACUCGUCCCCAUUGGUUUCUUCUCUUUGGUACUACUGAAGAGGAGAUCCAGGAAAUCUGCAUAGAAACGCUCAGGCUUUAUACCAGAAAAAAGCCAAACUAUGAAUUGUUGGAAAAAGAAGUAGAGAAAAGAAAAGUGGCCUUACAAGAAGCCAAAUUAAAAGCAAAGGGAUUGAAUCCCGAUGGAACUCCAGCCCUUUCAACCCUUGGUGGAUUUUCUCCAGCCUCUAAACCAUCAUCACCAAGAGAAGUAAAAGCUGAAGAGAAGUCGCCGAUCUCCAUUAAUGUGAAGACAGUCAAAAAAGAACCUGAGGAUAGACAACAGGCUUCCAAAAGCCCUUACAAUGGUGUAAGAAAAGACAGCAAGAGAAGUAGAAAUAGCAGAAGUGCAAGUCGAUCAAGGUCAAGAACACGAUCACGUUCUAGAUCACAUACUCCAAGAAGACAUUAUAAUAAUAGGCGGAGUCGAUCUGGAACAUACAGCUCGAGAUCAAGAAGCAGGUCCCGCAGUCACAGUGAAAGCCCAAGAAGACAUCACAAUCAUGGUUCUCCUCACCUUAAAGCCAAGCAUACCAGAGAUGAUUUAAAAAGUUCAAAUAGACAUGGUCAUAAAAGGAAAAAGUCUCGUUCUCGAUCUCAGAGCAAGUCUCGGGAUCACUCAGACGCUGUCAAGAAACACAGGCAUGAAAGGGGACACCAUAGGGACAGGCGUGAAAGAUCUCGCUCCUUUGAGAGGUCUCAUAAAGGCAAGCACCAUGGUGGCAGUCGCUCAGGACAUGGCAGGCACAGGCGCUGACUUUCUUCCUUUGAGCCUGCAUCAACUUCUGAUUUUGGCUAUCUACAGUGUGAUGUAUGGACUCAUAAUUGAAACAAACAUUAAAAGCAAACUGAUUAGGAUUUGAUUUCUUAAAAUUCUCUAGGUCUCUCUCUAGAAACACUGAGGACAUUUUCUUUUGGAAAGAACUAUGUUUGGUUUUUUUUUUUUUUUUUUUUGCACAUAAAAUGCCCUAGCAGUAUCUAAUUGAAAACCUUGGUCAGGUUCAAUUGUAAUUAUUAUAGUUGUGUAUUGUUUAUUGCUAUAAGAACUGGAGCGUGGAUUCUGUAAAAAUGUAUCUUAUUUUUAUACAGAUGAAAUUGCAGACACUGUUCUAUUUAAGUGGUUAUUUGUUUAAAUGAUGGUGAAUACUUUCUUAACACUGGUUCGUCUGCAUGUGUAAAGAUUUUUACAAGGAAAUAAAAU